AUGUCACUUUUGAUAGAUACAACUAUUCUAACAAUAUCUGAAAUUGUAUUUUUUAUUGGUGGUUAUUUAUUUUUUGUUCGUCAAUUAAGUGAAAAUUAUGGUGUACAAAGUCGAAUUGUAAUUCUUUCAUUUGCAGUUACGUUCGCAUUAAGUUGUAUGAUGUUCGAAUUAAUUAUUUUUGAAAUACUCGCUUUCUUAGAACCAACAUCACGAUAUCUUCAUUGGCGUCUUGGUCUUUAUUCUAUGCUGUUUUUACUUGUUUUUCUUAUUCCAUUAUAUAUUGCAUAUUUAUUAUUAAACACAAUUCAGAUCGUGCGAAAUUUUCGUCUUGUCUUAUUUUUUACAUUGAUUACAUGGUGCUUUUAUUUAUAUAUAUUCUGGAAAUUGGGUAAUCCAUUUCCAAUAUCAAAUCGACAUGAGUUUUUUAGUAUCGAACAAUGUGUUAGUCGAGUAGGAAUUAUCGGUGUUACAGCUAUGGCUAUUCUAAGUGGAUUUGGUGCUGUCAAUUGUCCAUAUACCUACAUGACGUAUUUUAUUAAGGCUGUUACCGAAAAAGAAAUAAGUGAUGCACAAAAACGUUUAAAACAAGUAAUGGAAAUCGUUGCAUUAAAAAAAAAACGUAUUGCUGCUAUUGAACAUGAAAUUUCUCUUAGAGCAAUAGCAGCAUCAUUAAAUUCUAAUAAGCCAUGGAAUUUUCUUCGCCGUACAUGGAAUUCUUGUUUAACAUCACAAUUAACAAAUCAAACAACAUCAUCAUAUAAUAAUAUAUCUUUAAUUAAACAAGAUAUAUCAACAUAUGAAGAAAUUUAUUCACAAUUAUAUAGUGAUUUUGUUGAUUUACAAACUAUACAACAACGUAUUGAAUAUUCAAAAACAUUUAAAGGAAAAUAUUUUCAUGUCUUAGGACAUUUUUUUUCAUUAUAUUGUAUAUGGAAAAUAUUUAUUUCAUUUAUAAAUAUUAUUUUUAAUCGUGUUGGAAAAGUUGAUCCAGUAACAAUAGGUAUUGAUUUAACAAUACAUUAUUUUAAUUUUGAAUUUGAUGUUAAAUUUUGUUCUCAAUAUGUAUCAUUUAUAUUAAUUGGUAUUAUUGUUGUAACAAGUAUUCGUGGUUUAUUAAUUACAUUAACUAAAUUUUUUUAUUUUAUAUCAAGUCGUCGAUCUGCAAAUGUUAUUUUUUUAUGUCUUGCACAAUUAAUGGGCAUGUAUUUUAUAUCAUCAGUGCUUCUUAUUCGAAUGAAUAUGCCAGCACAAUAUCGACAUAUUAUUUCGCAAGAUCUUGGCGAUUUACAAUUUAAUUUUUAUCAUCGUUGGUUUGAUUGUAUUUUUUUACUUUCUGCAUUACUUAGUAUUUGUAUACUUUAUUUACAUUAUCGAUCAUCUCAACAGUCACUUUCAUUGUAUGAUAAAAAUUUUGAAAAAGUAAUGAAAUUAUAA